CCAUCCAAAAGAACAAGAAAACAUACAUUAAAAUUCCGAAUUCCAUGGCUUCUGAAGCAGCAGUGAAAUCAGACGGCGGCGGCGAGUACAAUGUCCAUGUCCAUGAUGUGGCGGCUGCAAGGGCAAAGGCGAGGAACAGUCGAUGGGGGUUGGUUGCGGUGAGGUUGGUGGCUUCCUUUGCCACGGCCUCCGCAACUCUCGUGAUGGCUCUGAAUAAGGAGACCAAAUCUGUGGUUGUUGCCACCAUUGGGACCGCCCCACUCACUGCCACUGUAGCCGCUCGCUUUCACCACACCCCCGCUUUUGUAUUCUUCGUGAUAGCAAAUGGAAUGGCCACUCUACACAACUGGAUAAUGAUAGCCCUAGACAUUUUUGGACCAAAUCUACAUUUCCAUGGCUUCCGUCUUCCGAUUAUCGCCAUUUUGGACAUGGCGACGGUGGCUCUGGCGUCGGCGGGCGACGGCGCGGCCACCUUCAUGGCGGCGCUCGGAAAGAACGGAAAUAAGCACGCCAGAUGGAACAAGAUCUGCGACAAAUUCUCGACCUACUGCGACCAUGGCGCCGGGGCGCUGAUUGCUUCCUUCGUCGGCCUCUGUCUUCUUCUUCUCAUCGAUGUGAUCUCCAUUGUCAAGGUGCUGAAACAUAAGCCCAACAAUUCCUUCGCAUCGCCAUAGCCGGGCCUGAUUCAAAACGCACCGUUUCGUUUCUUAAUUUGUGCUGCUUGGUUGUAGUUGUAAUUUUACGCGUCCUCCGCUCGGAACUCCCGUGAUUUCAAAACAUGUCAAUGUUGUAAAGUUUCAUUUUAUAGGAUAUUUACCUAUAUGUGUUUUCAUUAAAAUAGUUUUCCUUUUUAAUGUGAAAAUUUGAACCCUAGACCAACUUUGGUAGGAAUAUAUACCUUAAUUACUAA